AGAGGAAAUGACAGAAGAAGUACUGAGUCUGCCACAAGAGGAAAUGACAGAAGAAGUACUGAGUCUGCCACAAGAGGAAAUGACAGAAGGAGUACUGAGUCUGCCACAAGAGGAAAUGACAGAAGGAGUACUGAGUCUGCCACAAGAGGAAAUGACAGAAGGAGUACUGAGUCUGCCACAAGACGAAAUGACAGAAGAAGUACUGAGUCUGCCACAAGAGAUGACAGAAGAUCACCAAGCACAGGGAAAGAAAAAAGGAAAACGAAACGGAGCCACAGUAGAUCAUCUUCCUCAUCCAGCUCAUCAUCAUCCUUGUCAUCCUCGUCAUCCUCAUCCCGCUCUUCAUCCCACAGUAGGAGUAGUUCCAGCAGCAGUGAUUCCCACAACAAAUCCAGAAGGAAUUCUAAGAAAAGGAAAAAGGAAAAACAACACAAGAAGAAAGGGAAAAAGGAGAAGAAGCAUAAACGAAAGAAGGACAAGAAAAUGACACCAGAGGAGGAAAGCGCUGGUCCUGGACCUAUUCAGAUCUCCAAGUAUUUGAAGGAGAGGAGGAGAAAAAGCAAGUACAGCAUGAUCACAGGAAAGAAGAUCAAAAUGAAAUUGAAGAAGUCCAAGAAAGACAAGCUGAGGGACAAGAAUCGCGCCGAACUGCUUGAGUUCCUCAACUCCACGUUGUAAUGCAAAGGGCCGUCACCGUUGGUUAUGUUCCAGAACCUUCCAAUUUUUGUGCAGAACAGAACUCAGGGAAAGACGACCAUUUUGAUGAAGCUCUGAACUAACAUCCAUUUACAGGGUUAUUAUUAUCACUGCAAGAGAUGUGGGACAUGGCCUGUAAUCUCAAAAUGACAGAAUGUGCCAUGUCUCUCUUUUAGAAAAAGCGUGUUGUCACUCCUGUGGUUGUCGGCCCCUUUUUUCAGACCAGUGGAGAUUGCUGAAGGAGAACGGCUCAUAAUAAUGGCUGGAAUGGAGCCAAUGGAACGGCAUCGAACCAUGUGUAUUCGAUGCCAUUCCACCAAUUCCGCUCCAGCCAUUACCACAAGCCCGUCCUCCCCAAUUAAGGUGCCACCAACCUCCUGUGCUUCACACUGUUUGUAACUGAUGUCUGUGUGUUUGGUCUUUAGAAUUGUAAUUUUACUUUAACAUCAAAGGAGCCAGUCACUGACUUUUUAUCAGUAUGUUUGCUGCACAAGGUGUUGCUAAGCAAGUUAGAACAGUGUUGCUGUGGUGGAGACUACAGAUCAGCAAAGAUCGGAGUGAUGAACAACAUACCUGGGUUCAAAUAGUAUCGGUUUUCUUUUAAGUACUUCAGUUGAUUAAGCUUGCCCGGCACAAUGGAACAAAAGGAAAAGUGCCAACCUGUCCAUCUUUCACGCCAGCAGGCUCAAGAGUUUAAAGUAUUUGAAAGCAAAUACUAUUGGACCCAGGUCUGAUGAACAAAGAGAUUUGGGUACAUUCUAUUGUAACGUAGUCUGUCAAAUAGAACACCAGUCCGGCAUUGCAUUGUGUUAGAAGGUUGUUUUAAGAAGGUCCAAAACAGUCCUGCAGCUAAACUCGGGUCCCCAGGAAUGUAGUUAUUGUUAGAUAUAUUGAUUAUCAGAGAAUAAUGUAUAGUAUGUACAAAUCUGAGACUGGAAGCUGGAUGUCAUCACAUGUAAUACGAUAAAUCAAUAUUAUUUUGGAUAAGCUUUUUAUAUUUUGUGACGCCCACUUGAUGUGGCAAACUGCUACAGUCCAUCCAAUAAAACAGCUCUUCUCUCAACAGCAAUAAA